AUUUUUGUGAUUUGUGAUUUUUGUGGUCUUUUUUCUUCAAGCUGCUUGCUGGUUGCCGUAAUCUUAUUGAUCCCGUGAUUCAAAGAAAAUGGUAACCUUUGCUGCACGGCACUUAAAAUAAUUUGUUUUUUAAAACGGGCAGCGAAGAAAAAUGCUAAAACCGAAGGUUUUAUCCGAUGUAUUGUCUCAGGCAAAUACUGGGGGAGUAAUAAGUACGAUGCUGCUUAAUCAUGAAGGGUCCUUGUUGGCGUAUGCUGGAACUGAUGUAUACAAAGAUGCUAAAGUAACUGCUGCCGUAGCAUCAAAUAUUUGGUCUGCAUAUGAAAAAGGUGGAAAGAUGGCAUUUAACAAUGAAGGACUUGAGUAUAUGUUCAUGGAUUGCGACGAAGGAAAAGUCACUGUAACAAAGAUAUCUGGUAUUCUUUUGUGCAUGUAUGCAAACACGGAUGUUGGCUUUGGUAUUUUAAAAUUAAAAAUGGAAAAAUUAGGGGAAUUUUUAAAGGAGCCUCUGCUGCAAUCACUCUCAUAACAUAAACUGUUUGUCAAAUUGCUUGAAUGAUUUACCAACCGACGAUCUGUAUGUAAAAGUCUUCCAUCUCAACGAUGUAUCGGUAGACAUUUUAUGUGCAUAAUUUUAACCCUGGCAUUAUUAUUAGUUGUCUCAUAUAGAUAUAAAAUCACCAUCGUAUGUUUAACACAUUGUUUUCAUACAUAAAGGCUCUAUUAAACGUCCCUCUAGGAAUUAAAAAA